AUGACUGCCGAAGCUCUUCAAAGAACGGUAGGAAGUAAGCCUGCUACUAUUUCUACCCCUGCUACCCGACGAGCUCCUAUUAAGGAAAUGCGAAAGUAUGGAGCUACAGAAUUUCUGGGAUCAAAGGGAACUGAUUCAACAAUAGCUGAAAAUUGGUUAGAGACAACCAAGAGAAUUGUGAAGCAAUUAGAAUGCACACCACAGGAAACUUUAGUAUGUGUUGUUUUUCUGUUACAAGAAGAGGCUUACAUAUUGUGGGCAUCAGUGAUUCAAAAUAUUCAAGAAGAGCAGAGAGAUAUGUCCGUAGUGGAUUAUGAACGGGAAUUUCUGAGACUGAGCAGAUAUGCAAUUGAAUUUAUAUCGACUGAAACUGACAGAUGCAAUAUCAGAAGCCCAGCUCAGAACGUUGAAAUUCCAGAAUAUGAAUAUUGUGGAAACAGACAUAGAGAAGAAUGUAGAAAGUUAACUAGGGGUUGUUUCCGUUGUGGAUCCACUGAUCAUUUUGUAAAGGACUAUCCAAAGAUUAGUAAGGCAGCACCAACGGUAUCACAAAGAUCUGAAUCUAUUUCCAGAGGCCGAGGUUUAGGCCGAAGUCGUUCAGUUGCUAUAGGUGGAAUUAGAAAAGCUAGUGAAAAUACUACACAGCAAUCGGAAGUAAGAGCUCCAGCCCGAGCAUAUGUUGUAAGAACUCGAGACGAGGGGGAUGUUCAUGAUGUAGUGACAGAACAUCGAGUAAUUUUGGACUAUUAUAAAAAGAAAUUCACUGUUCAGAAUGAAAGUGGUAAGCAGAUUGAAGUAAAUGGUAUUCAGACUAGUGAGACUGUUCGUGUUAUUUCAGCAAUUAAAGCUAGUAAGCUUAUUUAUCAAGGAUGUGCUGCUUUCUUAGCAUAUGUUAUUAAAUCCGAUGCAGUUGAGAGUCAAUGCAAUAAAAUCCGAGUUGAAGUUGAAUUUGUGAUUGAAGUAUACCUGGGUACAGAUCCAGUGUCAAUUCCUCCAUAUCGAAUGUCACACAAGACUUAUUGGACCGAGGGUUUAUACGACCUAGUAGUAUCAGCAGAUGGGAUAAGAGUAGAUCCAAAGAAGAUUGAAACCAUACUUCAGUGGAAAAUUCCCAAAAAUGUGUUAGAGGUACGUAGUUUUCUUGGGUUGGCCGGAUAUUAUCGAAGGUUUGUGAAUGGAUUUUCAAAAAUAGCUUUGCCGAUGACAAAGUUACUGCAAAAGAAUGUUCCGUUUGUUUGGACUAAUGUGGUAGCGGACGCAUUGAGUAGAAAGGCUGCAGCUGAAUUGAGAGCAAUGUUUCCACAUCUCAGUAUUGUUGAUGACGGAAGUCUUUUGGCUAAAUUGAGAGUAAAAUUGGUAAUGUUUGAUCAAAUCAGAACAGCAUAG